AUGAUUUUCCGUCUUUUUCUAGUCGCAUUUCUCCUUAUCGGGGUUACUGUAGCAGCAACUUGUGAUGAUCGUGGAACACCACAGUACUGUCAAGACAACAAGGAGUUCUGCGACGACCCAUUUGACGACUGUAACGACCGAGGAACUCCCGCCUACUGUGAAGCCAAAAAAGACGUCUGUGAUGACCCAUUCGGAUCUGACACCAGAUUAUCGUGUCGAAAGACUUGUGGACUUUGUGUUGACCCAGCCGAUCCUCCGACCUCAGCCCCACCAUGUCAGGAUAAAAGUUCGGGUUGUUCUCAGAAGAAGUACAUGUGCACCAAUGCAAUGUUUCCCGAAUUCAAGUACGACUGCAUGAAAUCUUGCGGAUUGUGUUGA